AUUGCUGACCCUGAGACCUGUGACCGCAUGUAUGAGAGCUUAGUCAGAAUCCAUACCAACUACUACAAAAACAAGUAUCCACGCCUGAAAGACACAAGCUUCACUGGAGUGACAGUAGAAGAUUGCAAGAUGAUCCUAGCAACAGACAUUCUGAAACAGAUGGAAGACAUGAAAAAAGGGACAUGGAAAAAACUGCGAGAAAAGUUUUAUGCCAAGAAAUCUGAAGAGGACUCGAAGUGA